UGGGUUGUCAGUUGACUGUGGACUCUGGCUGAGCGUUUGAUGUGCCGACCCAGAUGUAAACACAGCAGUUCCUCGCAUCUGUAGUUAUGUGGAACUGCAUGUGUGAGGUGAUGGCUAAUGGCAGUGACUGGAGCUGAGUCACAAAGAUGAGAAGCCGGUUCCACGCUGUGAGGAGUGGGCGGUCGACAGCGGCCUUGCUCACAACACUCUUUCCUCUGGCUGUCUCUUUACUGCUGUGGGUUUCACAGUCAGUAGCACAAGAGAACAGUAGUGAUGUCAACAAUAAUAGCAGCAGCUCUGGUAUAAGUUUGGACAAGAGUGAGAGUGCACAUGUUGAGGGUGAUGAAGCUAAACCAGUAAUUUAUGUUAAUAACCCACAGCUUUUGAGAGAAAUGCAGGAACAAAGCUUCCUUCGUCAUACUUUUAGAUUGUCACCUGGAGGAAGUGUUGAUGGGAAGGCAGCUAGUGUACUAGGCGGUGGUGUUCCACUACUGGAGCGUGCAGCGACUCUUGGAUCACAGCUCAGGCACAUAGCUAAUAAUGAACUCGGAGUUACACAUAUGCAGGCUACCUUUGAUGAGCUGCCUUACUCGGAUCUAGAGCGAAAAGAGGAAGAAACUGUCAAAGAGAUGAUACAGUCUCUGGAGCGUAAGUUUACCUUGUACUCCGGUCUCAUAGAAGAAAUGUCCGAGUUAAUGGCGAGCUAUUAUGGCCAGCAUAAGGAGAGAGAACUGGAGGAAGAAAGCAACUAUGCUGAUGAACAAAAAUAUUAUCCUUGUUGCCUCAUCCCUGAUAAUUAUCUCGAGUACCGAAGCCACUUUGGCACUCGUGUCAACGAGGAUCUGUGGUGUGACUCUGGGUUUGGCUCAGGAGAUCAUCCUCUUCCAGCGGACUUUUAUGCAACUCCUGACACCCUGAGAGAGAUGUUUAUAAUGAAUUUGCGAAGAUAUCCCUCCAUUAAGUGGCAAUACUUUAUGUCGGUGAAUGGUCUACACACUGAAUAUCCAGCCCAUAGAGCAGGAACAAGCAUUGGUGCAGACUGUGGCCAGUCGUCCCGCCAUCGUCAUAUUUAUGAAGCAACUGUGAGACCCAGCGGUUGGAACAUUGUGCUUCUCUAUGACUUGGGAGAAUCUCUUACCCCAAGACUUCUCUUGACAGCAAAAGCUAUUGGUCACCAAAUAAUCUCCACUCUACAACAAAGAGACAAGAUUGCAGUAUUUGGAAUUGCAAAAAGUGUUUUUCAGCCUUCUGCACCUUGCCUGCAGUCUUCCCUUGUGUCUGCCACACAUGAUGUAAAAGAAACCAUCAGGGAUUUUGUGAACUACAUGGAGAUCCAGAAUGAACAAACUAAUCAUAGUCUUGGUCUGAUAACGGCUCUUGAUGCCAUUGCAAGCUCACCGCUUAGCUUGACUUCACAAAAUGCAUCAGUUCUACUCGUGUACAUGAGUCGCGGGGUACUGGAAACAGUACGGCAAGCACGCACAGUUAUGAAGAAAGUUGCUGAGAGAAUAGAGUCAGUUAAUACUAGAGUUGUCAUCAGCACCUUUGGACUUGGCCUUGUCAGUGGUGAGCCUUCUUUGGCCAAGCAGUUUUUAGAAGCAUUGGCUUACCAAGACUUUGACAAGUACAAUAUUCCAUUCUCAAAAGCACCAAAUCAAGGAACAAUAGUGUUGCUGGAUUCCACACUGAGUGUGGCUCCUCUCAUCAACAACUUCUACAAUGUAGUGCAAGAGCCGAGAGCCUAUGAUCACGGCCCUCUGCAUCUUGUCAUCUCUGAGCCUUACUGGGAUGAUGAUGGCAAAGAAACUGUAGUUUCCCUUACAAGAAGUGUUCAAACCAGUGAUGGGAACAUUUUUGGAGUGAUUGGCAUUGACGUUCCCCUUGCGAAUCUUCUUGAAGAUAUCACACACUUCAAUUCUCCAGCUAGAUCAUAUGCUUUUGCUAUCGAUUCUAGAGAAAUGCAAGAAAUAACACUUAUUGCUCAACUAAUUACUUGCUUAGAAUCAAGGUACCCCUUACAUCAACCACUAGAUGGCAACACUCAUUUCUACAACAGCAAGCGGCGUUGCGGUUUGUUUACAUGCGUCUGGGUGUGCGAGCGAGCGUCUCUGGAUGAGUUACAUUACUGGUGGUGUCGUUCCCUAACAUGUGGGUGGGUGUUUGUGGUGGCUUGGCUUGAUGCUGAUUUGCCACACAAAAGAUUAAGUAGGAAUGUCCGUCCACUUCCACCAACAGCGCUCUUCCACCGUCUUGAUCUACUGUCACCAAGUGAAGCACGUGUUUGUCGUCAUUUUAAUCAGAUGGCAACACUAGAUGGCAGUACAGUCUUCCUUUCAGUUGGUUCAUACGUGUCACCCUUGAGCCAGAUAGCAAAUGGACCGGAGACCUUAGGUGCUGUCCAGAGUAUCACAGCAUAUCUAAGUGACAAUACGCAGCUGAUUGCCAAUCCGGGCUUGAGAUUGGGUGUGCGCACUGAUGCAACUGCUCUCUAUCAGAUAACUGAAUUGUGGAAAAAACAGUUUCAUAAUAGUGAACUGAGUAAAUAUAUUGUUAGAAGAUAUGCUGCUGCACCUUCGGGAGUCACACUAAUGUAUCCUGGAACUCUGCUGGACAGAACCUAUGACCCACGCUCACAGGCUUGGUAUCUUGGUGCUCUGUCUACGCCGGGGAAAGUGGUUGUUUCAGUACCGUAUCUUGACCCCGGUGGGGCUGGCUACAUAGUCACUGUCUCACACACAGUCUAUCAGGGGCGGUCAGCUGCUAUGCACUCUCCUGCUGAUCCAGUGGUGGCUGUGCUGGCAGCAGACUUUACUCUUGGCUAUUGGUACAAGUUACUACUUGACCUUGACCCUUCUUGCUGCAAUUAUGGUGCUCCUGAGGGUAAAACGAGUAACAUGCGGUGUUUCCUGAUGAACAAUGAAGGCUACCUGGUGGCACAUCCGUCCAUGUUGGCACCUUCGGCGUCUUCUAACCUUGGCUCGGACAUUCCACCACAUAUCACGCACCAGGAGCCUAUUGUGUCCAUGGAAUUGCUGGCAGGUGGAGGUGGUCUGCUGUCAAAGACCUCUUGUGGUCGCUGGUGGCACGGUGCUAGUGAGAGGCAUUAUUCGCUUCGUCUUCCUGUGGGCCAGGUUGUUGCCUCAUCUGGGCCAGAGAUGGGACAGAAUGACAACUCAUGCUUGCAUUAUGCCCUCACUGCAGUACCUGCGACCAACCUCAUCCUGGGCAUAAUCAACCAGACCUGCAGCCCAGCUGUCGCCUUUUGUCCAUGUAGCAUGGAUGAUAGGCUGUGUCUCAAUUGUCAGCUGGUGGAGGCUGGUGCUUGUGAGUGCCCCUGCGAGUGUCCCUUGUUGUCACGCCCGUGCACUGCUUCUGCAGCUGAUUAUUCUUCUGCUACCACUCAAUCAUCAGCUCCUUUGGAGUCUCUCAGUAACUACACAAGCGAUUCUUUUAGCCAGCACUGGCAAACAUUUUUUGAUGCAGGUUUCAUUAAAGGCCAACUCAUGCCUCAAGUUCUGGAACUGGCCACACAACCUCCAGAUAUGGCUCCCACCUGUGGCCGAACUCCAGAAGCUGCCAUGCCACUUCAGUAUUCUAUUGGCCUGUUAGCUCACCUUGACUCGUGCCUCUCUGUGUCAUGCACUGCUCAUAUAACACACAAAUCAUGUUUAGGUGUUGUUGGCUGCAUUUGGUGUUCCGUGACAAGUGAUAGACAGUCACGUAUGACACACCCACAUUGUAUGGAGGUUCAUCAGUGCUAUGGUGGUGUCCUUGGAGGGCCUUCACCAUAUCCUCAUGGACUUGCAACCCUCCCUCAUUCAGACAACACCCAUGGCAGCUCCGGAAAUCCCAUUGGACCUGUGGCUGGCGGGGUCAUGGCGGUGUUCCUGGUUGUAGCUCUAGCUGUCUACUGUUAUCGGCAACACGUGGGUGGCAGCAACCGCACGCUCUACACUCCUGCCAACUUUCAGACUCGGCCUCCCCAGCAUCCUCUGUACCAGUCACAGCCCACUCAUCAACUUGACAAUGUUGAUGAAGAUCUCUUAGGAGAUGUAUCUGGGGUAGGACUAGGAGCUGCUGCUACAGUUAGCCCAUACCGCAUGAACCCUGGGUACCGUCGUCCCCCAGGUGUGGCAGAUUCCAGUGAUCAAGGUUACUCUACCAUGACUCCUCAUGAUGAUUCGGAAAACCUUAACUACACAGACUUAGGAGGACUUGUAGGCCUUCCAACAAGGCAUAUGCUAGAUGAUCCCCCUUCAUUAUCUGGUUGGUCUCCCCCUCCAUCUCCUGUGCCCCGGGAUAGACAUGAUGGUGGACUGGAAAACCACAAUAAUUAUGAGCCCUCCCAUACACUUUUGGCUUCUGCCAAGCGCAGUGGUCCAAAUAUUAUUCAAGUGCCAGUUACCGUUCACAUGGUGGAUACUGUAUGAGGUUAAUUGUGUUGUUUAUUGUGACCUAGUAUCCACAUACCUCCAAAUGAUUUCAGGGGAAAAGUUGUAGAAAAUUAUUGAAAAAAAGUCAGUUUUAAAAAAUUUACAGCAGGCAUACAUUGUCUAUUGAGGGAGUAAGCUCUGGGCUCAGUAGACUCUUGAACAGUAUUAUAUUAGAGGUUAUACUUGAAAUAUGUCCCUGAUUGUUCUUAUUGGAUGACUGCCGAGCAGCUAGUAGGCUCUAUACAAAUGCAUGGGUCAUUUAUCUAGAUUCCACAACAGUUCCAUUAGUGCUUUAAAGAGCAUGUGUAUAAGGUGCACAAAGUGUAUUACCUCGUGGAAUUUAAUAUUUUUAAAAGCAACUAUUCUUAAUGAUAAGACUUGUACAGCUGUAAGACAUAAAGUUUUUUAAGUAAUAAAACUUUAACUUUAGAUAUUUUAAGUAUGAUAUAUCUAGUCCAUAACUGCAGCUAAUGUUUGGUAUGAAAACUUGCCAAGGUUUUGGUACUAAAAUGAAGCCACUUAGCAUGCAUUGAGGACUUCUCUAUGAACCAAAGAUAGUAAUUGACUGGGCAUUAUUAUUAAUAUUUUUUAGCUUUGUAUAUGAGGAUUGAGCUCAAGAAUCCCA